ACUGCGCCUGCGCCGACCCGCCCACACCCAGCGCAGGUCCCGACAGAGGUCGCCGGGUGGUGGCGUCAGCUGCGGCGCCCUCCGCGUGGAAAUUAGCCGGUUGCCCGGGCAAGUGAGGGAGGAAGGGAGGGAGCUGAACACGGAAGUGGUGGCGGCGCCCAGGGAACCGGCGGAGGCGAUGACCGUGACGGCUGGGUUGGGACCAGAACGCCGAAGCGGGGUUAGGGGUGGCAGAAAAGCAUCUGCUUUGUAAGACCUACACGAGGUGCAGGAGUGGUUGGGCCUCCCCUCUCCACUUAAGCAAGCGCCCAGACUGAUGGCGAUGGUGAUGGCAGCAGUUACUCGGACAACCCCAGUUAAGCUGCGCUCCGGGAGGAGUUCAUCUGUUGUCUGCUCUCCAGUGACUUCCGUUUGUGGAGCCUAAGUGUUUCUACAGAAUCCAACUCAAAUAUCAAGGACUAUGAUCAGAAUGCUUUCAAGGAGUUUUUGGGCACAUGAUGGCAGAUACAUCCAGAAAGUGCCCAGAAGAAACUUCCUGCUGGAAAAAUUGAAAAAGCAGUAUUUAUAACAUUAGAAUCUGGAUAAUUUGUUAACAUGGCAGAAAAUAAUGAAAAUAUUAGUAAAAAUGUAGAUGUAAGGCCCAAAACUAGUCGGAGCAGAAGUGCCGACAGAAAAGACGGUUAUGUGUGGAGUGGAAAGAAGUUAUCUUGGUCAAAAAAGAGUGAGAGUUAUUCAGAUGCUGAGACAGUGAAUGGUAUAGAGAAAACCGAAGUGUCUUUAAGGAACCAAGAAAGGAAGCACAGCUGUUCAUCCAUUGAGUUGGACUUAGAUCAUUCCUGUGGGCAUCGAUUUUUAGGCCGAUCUCUUAAACAGAAACUGCAAGAUGCCGUGGGGCAGUGUUUUCCAAUAAAGAAUUGUAGUAGUCGGCACUCUUCAGGGCUUCCAUCUAAAAGGAAAAUUCAUAUCAGUGAACUCAUGUUAGAUAAGUGUCCUUUCCCACCUCGAUCAGAUUUAGCCUUUAGGUGGCAUUUUAUUAAACGACACACUGCUCCUAUAAAUUCCAAAUCAGAUGAAUGGGUAAGCACAGACUUGUCUCAGACUGAAUUGAGGGAUGGUCAGCUAAAACGAAGAAAUAUGGAAGAAAAUAUAAACUGUUUCUCACAUACCAAUGUUCAGCCCUGUGUCAUAACCACCGACAAUGCUUUGUGUAGAGAAGGUCCUAUGACUGGCUCUGUGAUGAACCUGGUUUCAAAUAACAGUAUAGAAGAUAGUGAUAUGGAUUCCGAUGAUGAAAUUCUAACACUUUGCACAAGUUCCAGAAAAAGAAACAAACCCAAAUGGGAAUUGGAUGAUGAAAUCCUGCAGUUGGAAACACCUCCUAAAUACCACACGCAGAUUGAUUAUGUCCACUGUCUUGUACCAGACCUCCUUCAGAUCAAUAACAACCCAUGUUACUGGGGAGUGAUGGAUAAAUACGCAGCCGAAGCACUACUGGAAGGAAAACCAGAGGGUACCUUUUUACUUCGAGACUCAGCACAGGAAGACUAUUUAUUCUCUGUUAGUUUUAGACGCUAUAGUCGUUCUCUUCAUGCUAGAAUUGAACAGUGGAAUCACAACUUUAGCUUUGAUGCACAUGACCCCUGUGUCUUCCAUUCUCCUGACAUUACUGGGCUCCUAGAACAUUAUAAGGACCCAAGCGCCUGUAUGUUCUUUGAACCACUUCUAUCCACUCCCUUAAUUCGGACUUUCCCUUUUUCCCUGCAGCAUAUAUGCAGAACAGUUAUUUGUAACUGUACAACUUACGAUGGCAUCGAUGCCCUUCCAAUUCCUUCUUCUAUGAAAUUAUAUCUGAAGGAAUAUCAUUAUAAAUCAAAAGUUAGAGUACUCAGGAUUGAUGCACCAGAACAGCAAUGCUAGUAACAGGAUAGGAACAUGGGAAUGAUAAUAUAUAUUUUUUCUUUUAAUAUUUUAUUUUUCUUUUUAUGCCACUUUGGAUUUUUCUACAAAGGCAGUGGUGUCCAAAAUAAAAUCUCUGCCCUAAAUUUUACUAAUAAAUCCAUUUUUCUAGUGAUACACAAAUUGUUUAAGGUUAUACACUAGAGCUUAAAUAGAUAUUUUUAACCAGGUGUUUGGUUUUUGUUUUUACCGUGUAGGUUGUAUACUUACAUUUUUUCUUUCCUUAAUUUAUACAUGAUCCUUUUUUCUUUCCUUAAUUUAUACAUGAUGCAGGCACAUUUGAAAUUUGGUAGGCAUUGCAAACACAUUUGAAUAUUGUGUAUUUCAUACUAUUCUUUAAAAGUAAUCUUAUGUCCUUUCCUACAUGUAAAAUAUUUUGUUAAUCUAUGCCAUUAGUAGUAUUAUAUAUAAAAUAUAGUUCCCCGUCCCCCUUUUCAUUGAGUUUGAUAUUCUUCAGUAAAGCUGAAUGUUGUAAUUCACCAUUCAUACUAAUGUUAUUGACGUUUGUAACUUACUAAUAGGGAUGUUAAAGGUAACAAAACCAAGUCAAACUUGGUGUAUUUUUAUUUUAAAUAUUAACUCUAAAGCAGGAUUACUAAAUUUGAUUAAUCUGGUCAAUGAGAAUCAAAUGGAAACAUAUCAUUCUGGAGGUGCACUUACUCUUCUACAAUGUGGCCGGAUCAUUUGUCAUUCCCGAAUAGGUCUUUCUCUCAACCUGCAAGAGCUAAACCAUCUUCAAAACAUAAAUCUUGUUCCUUUCUCAUUGGAAGCUUUGAAAAUAAUGAUAACACUAUUAGUAGCUAGUAGUUACUAAAGUGCUAAAGUAAUUGUGGGGUUUUUCUGUAUUAGCUUAUGAACUGUUGCUUCUACUUAGCCCUUUUAUAGAAACUGAGCUGUUACUUUGGGGAAAUUCCACAAUGUAUUAGCAGCCACAAAUUUCCACUGGUAACCAAAGAGUACCUAAGUAGUUUUUCAUUAUUUUAAGUUGAAUUUGAAUAAAGAUUCCAGAAAUAAACAUGGAGCUCAGUAUUCAGGAAGCUUAAUAUUGUUUUUGAUCUACAAGAUCCAAAUAAUUAUCCCUAUCUUCAGAAUUAACUUAGUCUGUAAUGUGGCUUCAAAAAAAGAAAGCCUUUUGACAGCUACAUGACUUACACCAUACAGAACAGUACUGGACAAAAGGGGUGAUAUUUUAAAUUUACUAUCCCAGAAACAGGGCAACGUUUUUAGAAACAUCUUUAGCCCAAGGUAACUAGUAAAAAUAAAUGGAGUGGUAUCCUAUCUUCUUUUUUUAAGGAAUCAAUGAAUAAUAAAUGUAGAUAGACAAUUUUCUUCUGGUGAGCUGUCUAACCCUUUGUACACAUUGACAUUUUUAAUAUCGUAACUGAUUUCUUGAUGCUAGUUUAGCUAUAUUAGGAAACUGCUUCUACCUAGAUUGAAAUAAAUUUGACUCAUAAACUUCCAAGUUAGAACAAAUAUUUCUUCAUUAUUGUUGCUUUUACGUGAGUAGCAUUUCCCUAUCUUGCAGUUCUGUUAACAUGAAAAUGGCAUUUUUCCAUAAUAGCUUUAAAAUAAUUUUUUAGUAAUUAUUACAAAAUUAAGGAAAAUCUCUAUUACCGUUAUCUUUUAGCAUUUUUUUUUCCUCAGUGAUCUCAAGAUUGUCUUAGUCUCAGUGAGAUGUAGCUACAAAAAUGGCACCUCUUAGCAGUGAUGAGGCUCAGGAUAUCAUAACACCAAUGUCAGGAUAAAUAUCUCUUCUAAAGACGAUAUUUACCUUUUACAAGGUUAGAAAAGUCUCAUACUACCUCAUCUUUAUUGUGGCGCUUUUGUAGAUCACUGAGAAGCUUAUCUUAUUAACCAAUAUACCACUUCCUAAAUAUCCAUCUUUGGUGAAAGAAAAUAGUGUGGUAAGAGUACCCAUGAUUAUAGUUUUUUAUCAGAAUUUGAUAAGAUUUUCUGUUUCUGUGAAACAAUUAUUUUAAAUAUUUUUCUUUUAAAAAUAACUUUUUAUCAGUACAGAAAAACCUAAGGGAUGACUAGCUUACAAAUAUUCUGUUAAGGGGUAGUUUUAUAAAGAAAAAUGAUAUAUAAUUAUGUUGUCUUUUAUAGUGUUAAAAUUAGUAUUUAUAUGAAAGUCAAGAUCUAAGUACCUUUUCAUAUAAUUCAAACUGAUUGCUUGUGAUAUGUUUUCUCUGGCUUUUUUAUUUUUUCAACUUCAAGGUAUUAACAGCUGUUAACACUUAAAAAGUACUGCCACAUAUGUAGCCUUGAAGUAGUUGAUCUAAUAAAUGAGAGCAGGGAGGAGAUUCAUUGACUCUGAAAUGAUUUUUAUUUUUCCUUUGGUAUUUGCUACAGUGAAAAGAAGUUUGGAAAGUAGAUACAUAAAGACUUGAGAAGGGAAUUGUUUAAGGGAAAAGAAAAGAGUAAUAAUUUUUUUUAAAACAUUAAGGAAUUGGAAUUCAGAAAGGUUACCCCCUUCCUCUGUGUCUUUGUAAGGAUACAUUUGGAAGAACAUACAGUAUUCAGAAACUAACCUAUAUAAAAUGUAAACAAUAUAUUGAUUGCACUAUAUAAAUGAGUAAAUUUUGAGAGGAACAAUGUGGGAAUGUAUAAAUUUGUCUAAAAUUUUGUAACUGUUGAACAAAGGGAAGAUUUGAACAGUGUAAAUUCCAGAGUUGAGAAAGCAUUUAGCAUGGUGGAAAUGUGGAGAGCUUAUUGGUGAGAGAGGAUGGAGCUAAGAGAAAUAAGAUCAAAUAUUAAAAUUAGGAAUUUAGGCAUUACCUCAGGGAAAAGCCUUGACAGUGAAAAGAAACUACUUAAUCGCUAAUAGCUAGUCUGGACCAGACACUUAACUGCGCUUUGGGAAUCAUCCUGGGCUAAUCAGGAAAUAAACUUGACUUUUCUAUUUUUCUCUGAAGCUUUACAGGACAUACUCCCACUCCCAUUUUUUUCUAAGCCUACAGCAUCUUGAUUCAUAGUAUAAUUCCUGAAGUAUGCUCAAUGGACUUUUUAAGGUUCCUUUAGCAUUUUUGUAUAGAGUUAUAUGUGAUCUUUCUAUAACCAUGCCAUUCACUUAAAUAAUUCAUGAAGGGAAUGGUUUAAUUUAAAGGAAGACCUAAUAGGAAGAAGAUUAAAGGAAGCUUUUAGUCAGCCUGUGGCUAGAUUUAUUGAUUUGGUGAUCAAACCUGUGCUAUUUCCUGAAUUUCAGCUAAUGGCCAACUGUGGUCAAAGAAUGGCUUUCAGUUAAAGUUUUGACUUCUUAUUAUAAAUAAUAUAAAGAAUGUCUCAGUAAUUAGAAAUCCCUUAAUAAGUAGAACAAAUGUGGCAAGUAGGACUCCUAUCGGUAUACAAAUUCCAUUUCUUUUUAUAAGAAAAACACAUAAACCAUUAUCAUUUAUUCAUGAGCCAAAGCCAUUAAGAAGAUAAAUCCAGUUAUCAGCUUCCUGUCUCUGAAGUUUGGAUCAUUUUAUAGAUCCACGCAAUAGAGAGCUUCCUUCCUAUGAAACAAAAACCUUGAGAUCUCUUUUUUUUUGAGACAGAGUCUCGCUGUUGUCAGCCCAGGCUGGAGUGCAAGGGCGCAAUCUCGGUUCACUGCAACCUCUGCCUUCCAGGUUCCAGCAAUUCUCCUACCUCAGCUCCCAAGUAGCUGAGAUGACAGGCGUGUGCCACCACGCCCAGCUAAUUUUUGUAUUUUUAGUAGAGAUGGUGUUUCACUAUAUUGGCCAGGCUGGUCUCAAACUCCUGACCUCAGGUGACCACCCGCCUCGGCCUCCCAAAGUGCUGGGAUUACAGGCAUGAGCCACUGUGCCCAGCCAAGAUCUAACUCUUACGCUUACUUUUCAUUAAAAUAUUUCUUGUCGCUUUUAGCUAUUGUCAGAAUCCAAUAAACAGCUUACGCAUUCAUUUUGGUAAAGCAAAUUUCACAGGAAAAUAGACAAAAUUAUAAGAGAUUCCUGGAGACAACACAAGGAAAACAAUGUUUAAAAGCAAAAUAGCCUGUGUAAUGUUAGGUAAUGUAAUGCCCAAGUGAAUAAAAGAUUUUUCGUCAAGCAAACUACUGUUCCUACUUUGGGGGAAAAAAGUCAGUUUUACAUUUGUAAUUUAAGGAAAGAACAGAAAGCACAAAGGUUUUUCUUUUCUUUAUUAAUGGCCUACUAGAAAUGAGCAGUGCAAGAGUCUACCUGUACUAUUCUAAUACAGUAAGAUAUUGGACACAAAAUGGAGGUAACUUUUUAAAAUAGAUUGGCUUGGAAGUUGAAAUGUAGAUUAAUGGAUAUAACCCAAUAGAAAGGGAUUUUCAAAUAAAACCAAAGUCUAUUUUUUUAUUUACUUUCUAAUUUUGAACAGAUGACUCAGUCCGAAAUCUUUGCCUUUAUUUCCUAUAAAAUGUAGGUGAUACUUGUAACUCGACUUCCUGGAGGUUAAUUCUUCAGCAAGAGGUGACCCUGGGAGCAUACUUUAAAAUAAUUGCUGUACAGCCAUUGAGUACUAACGUGAUGAUAGGUUUUCAAAAUAUCUUUGUAGUGGAUGCUGCAUAAUUACAUUCACUUCUCUUAGACUGUAAAAGACUUUCUUGACUUGUUUUAACAGUAGAGAUAGAAGUACAAUUUGAAUUUAUGGUUUAGGCUCUGCAAUUAGAGGAACAAUUGCAGUUUCCUCCUACCCUUCAUAUGGUCUGUGUAAAACUGAUGUUUGCUUAACUUAUUUUAAAAGUUGAUUACGUUUUCAGAAAAUAAAGAUAAUCACUUUUGCCAUGGUUAUAAUCAAAUCUAAGCUUUCAGACUUGAGAGCCAUGGUGUAAAACUCAAGGUUUAUUUAAAUUAUGCUGACUUUGCUAGAAUUGGAUAAAUUCUGUAUAAGCCAAGUAUGAGUUCACAUGUACUCGAAUAUACAGUUUUCACAAAGCUAUUACUCUCGUCAGUCAGGCUUGUAUGAUCUAUUCCUUACCACAAAAGAAGUAGACAAUUGCCACUUUUAUUUCUAAUCCUUAAGUUGAAUGUUUCUUCUUGGAUGUAAGUUCAAAUAAAUUGAUCUGGAUAAAUUUUCAUUUCUACUUAAUUAAAACUUCCUAUGUAAAAUCCAAA